AGUUAAGCUCAGUCCACUUGAUAAGUGUAGCUGCAUGUUGGUUUUAAAAAUAUAUCAGAAAUAUUUAAUACAUCAUACAUAUGGGGUAACACCAAUCGUUAAGCUGAGAAAUUGCGCAACCAUUACUUCCGGGUUAUGUUUAUAACUUGAACGCCACCCAUCAAUCUCGUGCCUGCUGACUUGUCCCCGGUCCCCACUUUAAUGUCCGCGGCGGUGCUAAUUGCCGCUGUUGUCGGCGGUGGGGUCCUGCUGCUUAUGCGCCGUUUAUUCCCUCGACAGAAAGCCGUUCAGUUGCUCCAAUAUCCAGUCGACACUAUGCGGGGGAAAACAGUCAUCGUGACCGGGGCUAACAGCGGCAUCGGGAAGGCCGUAGCCGGGGAACUACUGAAAGUCCAUGCCCGGGUCAUCAUGGCCUGUCGGGACCUGCCAAGCGCCGAAGAGGCAGCCCAGGAGAUCAAGAAACAAGCGGGGCCGGAGCAGGGGGAGGUGGUCAUCAAACACCUGGACCUGGCUUCUCUCACAUCAGUCCGAACAUUCUGUGAUGAAAUUAAGGACGAGGAAUCCAAGAUUGAUGUGCUUAUCAACAAUGCGGGCGUCUACCAGUGUCCCUACACAAAGACAGAAGAUGGCUUCGAGAUGCAGUUUGGCGUCAAUCACCUGGGUCACUUCCUCCUCACUCACCUGCUGCUGGACAUCCUGAAGACUUCAGCUCCCAGCCGCAUCAUUGUGGUUUCCUCUAAACUUUACAAAUAUGGUCAGAUCAACUUUGAUGAUCUGAAUAGUGAAAAUAACUAUGAUAAAGCAUUCUGCUACAGUCAGAGCAAGUUGGCCAACCUGCUGUUCACACUUGAGCUGGCUCGUCAGCUUGAGGGGACAGGGGUCACGGUCAAUGCUCUCACCCCGGGCAUCGUGAGAACCAGACUAGGCAGACAUGUACAAAUUCCUCUCCUGGCUAAGCCCCUGUUCCACCUCGCCUCACUGGCCUUUUUCAAGAGUCCACUGGAGGGGGCCCAGACUCCUCUUUAUCUGGCCUGCUCCCCAGAGGUGGAGGGAGUGUCGGGGAAGUGUUUUGCGAACUGUAAGGAGGAGGAGCUGAUGGCCAAAGCUACAGAUAACCAGGCAGCCAAGAAGCUGUGGGACAUAAGCAUGAGGAUGGUUGGACUUACUGACUGAGCAGAGUCCUGUUCUGUGGCCAUUACUGAUGGAAUUAAAAGUUCUUGGACCAGAUAGUUAACUUCUUGCAGCCCCAUAGACACCAUCAUCCAAGAGAUAGGUUGUAAAAUUUGCCACUUUGAGGAUUAAAACAUGAGCUAAAUGACAUGUUGUGCCAGUGAUAGUGACUGUGACUAGGCGCGCUACAUUGCAGUGAGCUGGUAUGAAUGAAGAUUUUAAUUCAAAAAUGUGCCUGUGAAAGUGAUGGUUCAAAAGAGAAAGCAUUGUUACAUGAAAUCAUCUACUUUCUUAAUAACUCUCUUAACCUGAAUAAAACGUGCUAAUUUGCUGCAUCCAACAA